AUAUGUUUUCAAAGGCGUGCGCUCCUGUUGGAAUGGCUGAAAUUGCUCAAUCUGAGGCCGCAACCCCCGCAGAUGAAGAGGCAGCGUUUCAGUCAACCCCCCUGAAGUCCAGAUUGGACCAGGAACAGUGCCGGAUGGUGCUCACCAGCCCAGCUGAGGCAGGUCCAAGCAAUAAACCAUCAGCUUCUGGAAUAUAUAUUGCCCGGCCUCCGACCUGGAGACUGUCACAGUCAGAAAACCAAAGCUCAGCAGCUGCAUCUGAGUCCCUGGAUAACACAAUGGCUUCCAUAGAGACACCUGUAGACAGAGAUGACAGCACAUUCCUUCCUUUGAGCAGUGAGGGCACAUCCACAAGAUCAUCUUCCUCCGACAACAUUGCGGGAGCAGAAAGGAGAGAUGACUGGUCUGAAAGGAAGUGGAUAGUGAACGAGUCAUGCCUAAUGGAUCUGUUCACAACUUGUCACACAUGCGGGGUAUCCAUUUGUGAGAAGAAGAUCACCAGCCGUGGAUCAAAAAUCAAAAUAGAAUGGACAUGCAUCAAUCACCAUACAGGAGUGUGGCAGUCCUGUCCUGAUGUCCGUGGAAUACCUGAGAACAACCUGGUAUCCUCAGCAGCCAUUAUUUUCACAGGAACAACACAGAAUGAAAUUGAAGAGUGGGCUGAUCUUCUGAAUUUACAACUGCCAAAGAAGACCUCAUACUACUCACUACAAUCCACCUAUAUGAUACCUGUUAUUCACGAAGCCUACACUGAGAUGCAAGAGGAGAUUUUGUCAGAACUCCAGGAAACAGUAGCUGCUGGUGAACACACAGAUAUCUGUGGUGAUGCAAGAUCUGAUUCCCCCGGUUACAGUGCCAAAUACACCUGUUACAGCUUUAUGGAUGAUGCAACAAAGAAAGUCAUCAUGUCGGAUCUAAUUCAGGUAUCGGAGGCUACCAGUUCACCGGCAAUGGAGCCUGUUGGUUUCCGGAGGGGCCUGGAUCGUCUGCUGGACUCCGGCGUUGGUGUUGACGUGGUUACUACUGACCGGGCUCCAUCAAUUCGGAAGAUCAUGAGGGAGUCCUAUCCAGAGCUUAGGCAUCAAUUUGACCCAUGGCAUGUGGCAAAAGGUGUGAAGAAGAAGGCAACUGCAUUGGCGAGGAAGAAGGAAAACCGGGACCUGCAGCCAUGGAUCAAGUCUCUGGGCAAUCACUUCUGGUGGUCGUGCAGUUCAAGCGGUGGCGAUGAGAAGGAGUUGAAACACCGCUGGACAUCUAUCCUUUACCAUGUGUGUGGUAUCCACCGUUGGGAAGAAAAUGAGCAGGAGUACAGAUGUCGCCACGACGACCUCAGCGAGGACCAACAGCGGCGAAAAAAAUGGCUGGAGAAGGGGUGUCCUGCCUGGAACGCUCUGAAGAGUGUUGUACUUGACAAAAAUCUUUUGAGAGACCUAAGUCAAUUGACUUUGUUCAAGCAUACAGGGGCCCUUGAAGUCUUUCACAGCUCUAUGCUGAAGUACGCAGAGAAGAGGCGCCAUUUCACGUAUGUCUCCAUGCAAGCAAGGCUCCAGCUGAGUAUCAUUGACCACAACCACAAUGUUGGCCGUCAGCAUGCCUGUACUCGAUCUGGACAGAAAAAGUACAAUGUCAUUCACUCAAGGCAAUCAAACCAGUGGGUUGCAAGAAAGCUGUAUGAGCCAACAACGCAGGAGUUCCGUAAAGGAUUGGUGGAACGGGUCAUUCAACGGCGGCUUGACAAGAAUGUGAGGAUUGGAGAUCCUGCUUUCUUCAUCCAUCCUCCUGUCAGCAUACCAGCCAACAUCGCCCCCACUGCAAAGCCGAACAAGACCGACUUGGUAGCAGAACAUGAAUCUCGUUUUCCAACUGAACCUACUGGUGAUACAGAUGUUGACGUCUGA